GUUUUCCAUGUGCCGCUAGAGGAGCGCAAGUACAAGGACCUCAACCAGUUUGGGGAAGGAGACCAAGCGAAGGUCUGUGUUGACAUCAUGCAUAAGACCGGAGCCCACCUGGAACUCUCCUUGGCUAAAGAUCAGGGUCUCUCCAUCAUGGUUUCCGGAAAGCUGGAUGCCGUGAUGAAGGCCCGCAAGGAGAUUGUGUCCCGACUGCAGACUCAGGCCUCGGCUACUGUUGCCAUCCCCAAGGAGCACCAUCGUUUUGUCAUCGGCAAAAAUGGGGAGAAGCUUCAAGAGCUCGAGCUCAAAACUGCCACCAAAAUCCAGAUCCCACGACCCGACGACCCCAGUAACCAGAUCAAGAUCUCUGGUACCAAGGAGGGCCUGGAGAAGGCAAAGCAUGAGAUCCUAUUAAUCUCUGCCGAGCAGGACAAGCGUGCUGUGGAGAGAGUGAACAUUGACAAGGUGUACCACCCAUUCAUCACCGGUCCCUACAACAAGCAGGUAGGAGAGAUGAUGCAGGAGACCGGAGCCCGUGUUAAUGUCCCCCCUCCCAGCGUCAACAAGACGGAGAUUGUCAUCACUGGGGAGAAAGAGCAGGUGGCCCUUGCUGUGACUAUGAUCAAGAAGAUUUAUGAAGAAAAGGUAAGCCAAAAACUAAACGAUUACAAGUAA